AUGGCACCACAAACAGCAAAUGCCAGGCGUUCAACUACUGAAAAUCAGACAACAAAGGAUGUGGAACAGGUGGCGAUAUUUAGUGAGCUGGCUAUGCGACAUAACGUUGGUGUCUUGGAGUAUUCAAGGACAUGUCAGGCAGUUGCAUCAGGAAUGGCCAGUGGUAUUCUUGGAUUAACCGGAAUAUCUGGAUUUAUUUUUUAUUUCAUCCUUGUUGUUUUACAGGCCCUAUUUUGGGAAAUGAAAGCGAAUUUUGAGUGGCAAAAUUAUUUCAUAAGUCGAAGUUUAUCAUUGACGCAUUCGUUAAUAUCCGGUUUAUUCACUUAUAUUUUAUUUUGGGUUUCACAAUUAUUGGCCAGCGUAAGGCAACAUGUGGCUGAGUUUUCUCAUCUUAUUGUAGUUUUUUGUAUCAGGUUUGUACCUCUGUCCAUUUGGGCACCAAUGUUGAGAGGUAACGACAAAGUAAAAUUGAACCGGUCAGAUCUUCUCAAGAAAAUUGAAGAACAGCAGCUUCAAAUCGAUGAUUAUGAGAAUAAACUGAAAGAAACUACAACUUCAUUUGAGGAAGCAGAAAACAGCGUGCAAGAUGGUGGAUCUCAUCUUGGAGCCAAUGCGGAAGAGAAAGACCUUUCAGAGGACGAUCAAGUCCGGAGUCUAAAAAGGUCUUUAGAAGUAUUAAUAACUGAAAAAAAUAGAGUAGAGGCAGCUUUUCGAUCUGACAGAAAAGCUUUAUUGGUCGAAAAUCAAGCAUUGAAGGAAAGAUUAGCAAAAGCUGCUAACGAGACUGAAGCGCAAGCAGAAAAGUUGGAAAAUAGCUUAUUGGAAUUACGAUCAAAAAUAAAGCUAAUAGAAGGAGAUCGUGAAAAAGAAUUGUCAGAUCAUGGUUCUGUUCUGGCUGCUAUUCAACAACAAUAUGCAAAAGAAUGCGUCAAUUCGGGAAAUCUUGAAAAACAGAUCAGAGAAUUGCGUCAAAAGUUGCGUGAGAAAGACGAAAUAUCCAAAGCAUUCGAAACAGACAUCGUUUCUUUGAAAGAGGAACUUAGCCGAACACAAAGUGAAGUAGAAUUUUGGAAAAAAAAAGCUGAGAAAACACCAGCUAUACAAGUGUUGGAAAGUGAACUCCAGGAUGUAAAGGAAAGCAGUAAAAAUGAAAUUGCCGAAUUAAAAUGGAAGCUAAUGGAGACUAUGAAUACAGAGAGAGAAAGUCGUCUACGUGAACUAGAACAAAGGCUCCAGGAAUUGUCAAGUGAAAUUGGAGAUUUUAAUACGAUUCGUACAGAAUUGCAACAUCAAUUGAAUCAGCUGGAGAAAAAAAAUAAGGCUUUGGAAGAUGAGAAUGCAUUUCUGAAGGCUUCAAAAGUAGCGGAAGAGAUUGAUGAUGAAUCUACUAAUUUUGAAUCACUGAAACUAAAUUUCGUAAAGAGUGCCGAGAAAUUGCGCAAUAGUAAACAAACGAUCAAUUUCUAUGAGCUAUUGGGCCUAGAUGAAACUUCGUGUGAACAGAAGCGGCGUUAUGACGUUCUGAAAGAUGAGUUCGAAAAAUACAGAUUAAAAGCUGAAGCAGUGUUAAAAAGCAGAUCUGUGAAGAAUGAUGCUUUGGAAAAUACAGGAGUAUCACAUACACUGUCAUUAUUACCUGUAAACGAUUGCUCAUCUUGUGCAGCGGCAGAAGGAGACCUACGACAUAUGCGUGCAGUUGUAGCCUCGCUUCAUGAUAAACUUCGUACUCUUGAAAUUGAUCAUGCUUAUGCAAAAAACAGUUAUGAAGAAUCCUUACUUCUGCUCUUGUUUUUAGUGGCCGAAAUGGAAUCAGAGAUGCAAAAGCAACGCAUCCGAGCUUUAGAUAUUCUUGCGGAGAAAGAAAAUGAAUUGGAAAUUACGAAGGCUAUAUUGGCAUCGAUAAGAAGCCAGCCAAAUGUUGAUCCGGUAGAUCCUCCGCAAGGUACUUCAAUUCGUUCCGUGAAAUAUCGAAAAAGUCGCUCAAAUGACUUAUUUGAAAGUAAUGCGUCUAUUGAUGAACGGCGAAGUGCAGAAAUUCGAAAUGUAAUUGAUCAUUCGAGUGAUGUCGAUUCAUGCUCCAGUGUUGUGGAUGAGCACUACUUAGAACGUUUAUCAACUUCACCGAGUAGUACCCAAGUUUUGUUCACUUUCCCUGCAACUACUACUGCCACAGAAACUCGCAACAUAUUUUACGAACAACAACUUGCCAGGAGGGAAAAACAAAUAAUCGAAUUAAGGAAUGCUAUGCGUGUAGCAGAAUUAAAUGUUCGCGAUAUUCAACAAGCAGCUCUCACUAAAGAUUUGCAACAUUUUGAAAUGGUAGAGAAAUUGAAGGAUGAGAUCAGGAUCCUGGAAGGAAAACUGAACUUUUUAAGUGUCGAUUCAAAUAUGGAGUAUUUACGGAAUAUUUUCGUUCAGUUGCUACAUUGUGACAGUUCUUCUGGUCGUAAACAUAUCCUGAAAGCAAUAGGCGCUGUGUUGAAAUUAAGCGUAACUGAAAUGCGAGUGAUUGAAAAGCAUAGCCUCUAA